GCCGCGAUGCUGCUCCGAGCUGCGAUCUUUCGUGUAUCUCUCGGCUACAACCUCGCCAUGAAGGUGCUCGCGAACCGAUCGUGGUGGUCCCGCAUCGACGACCACAUCAUCCUUGGCGCGCUGCCCUUGGCCGACCGCGGCCACCAUCUUCUUCUUCAAAGAGAAGGUGUUGCCGCUGUCGUCACUAUGAACGAACCGUUUGAGAUGCAGCCCACCCGACUGGGGCGCCCCGUGACGCCUGAUGACUGGCGCGAGCUCGGUAUUGUGCAACACCUGGCAGCGACCCGAGACUUUGCGCCACCGACGCUCGACAGUCUCGCAUCGUGCGUCACGUUUGUUGCUGACCACGUCGCGCGCGGCGAGACGGUCUACGUGCACUGCAAGGCUGGGCGCGGACGCAGCACGAUCGUCGUGGCCGCAUACUUUAUGCAGGCGCACGACUGGUCCAUCGACCAAGCGCUGGAUUUCAUCAAGCAAAAGCGACCGCACAUUGCAAAGUCCAGGGCAAUUCUGCGGCAGUUUCAAGCCCACUUGGCCGCCCAACGACCCGACGUAAUUCCAUUAGAAUAAAUAUGCUUGCGCGCCGA